UAUUGCUCGAGCAAGUACUAAAUUUGAGAAUGAUAGUUUCAGUAUUUCCUGAACGUCUGUCAGUGUUAGACAACGCCCGAUACCCUACACAUCAAUAACUAACUUUAUUUAUUUAUUUAUUAUAUUUUUUUAUUUUUGGUUUUGUUCAAAUUUUUAUUAACGUGAGUCAAAUAAAAAAAAGUGAAAUGCGGUGAUUCAAAAUUUUAUUUUUGAAUAAUUAUAAUUUUUUAUCAUUAUUAAUUUUAGUGUAAAAGGUUUUUUUUUUCAAAUUUCGCAAUCACUGUAAAGUUACAAAAACAAAAAAAGAGUUUGAUAUUUAUAACAACGAAGUUUGAAAAACCAGUCGAAAAUGGUGUCGUCUGGUACAACAAGGACGGCUGCGUUUAUCUGCUUGGCUUUUCUAUUUCUACUUGUCGAAGUUACCAAUCAUGCGGAAGGUGCGAGAAAGAGAUUUCGCAGGCCAACGACAUCGUCACCAGGUUCGUUGACAAGCGAUCAAGAAGUCUCAGCGAGUGUAAACAGAUUCAAAGUCACGCGAAAUCGUUUGGGUACAAAGAACACGAAAAAUGAGCUUCAGCCAACCAGCGACAGCACUGCCAGUAGCAGUGGCAAGUCAAAUGAUUACAAGAUUGUGUGUUACUACACAAAUUGGUCACAGUACAGAACGAAAAUCGGCAAAUUUAUGCCGGAAGACAUCCAGCCGGAAUUAUGCACGCACAUAAUUUACGCGUUUGGGUGGCUAAAAAAAAAUAAAUUGACUUCGUUUGAGUCCAAUGACGAGACUAAGGACGGAAAGAUCGGUCUAUAUGAAAAAAUGAUGUCGCUGAAAAAAGCUAAUCCAUCUUUGAAAAUUCUUCUUGCUAUCGGUGGAUGGUCUUUUGGAACGCAAAAGUUCAAAGACAUGUCAUCGACACGUUACGCAAGACAGACAUUUAUCUACAGCGCGAUACCUUAUCUUCGAGAUAGAAACUUUGAUGGGCUGGAUAUCGAUUGGGAGUAUCCGAAGGGCGGUGAUGACAAAAAGAACUACGUUCUGCUUUUAAAAGAGUUACGGGAAGCUUUCGAGGCAGAAGCUCAAGAACGAAAGAAGCCCCGACUAUUGUUGACCGCAGCAGUACCAGUUGGCCCGGACAACGUGAAAAGCGGAUAUGAUGUACCGGCAGUAGCGAGUUACCUGGACUUCAUAAACUUGAUGGCAUACGAUUUCCAUGGCAAGUGGGAACGCGAGACCGGUCACAAUGCUCCGCUCUACGCUUCUUCCUUGGACUCCGAGUGGCAGAAGCAGCUCAGUGUCGACAAUGCGGCUGCACUAUGGGUCAGACUGGGCGCUCCCAAGGAAAAGAUGGUUAUCGGAAUGCCGACUUACGGGAGAUCAUUUACGCUGUCCAAUACAGACAACUUCCGGGUCCAUGCCGCGGCAAGUGGGGGCGGGAAAGCCGGCGAGUAUACCAAAGAGUCAGGAUUCUUGGCCUAUUAUGAGAUAUGCGAGAUGCUGCAGAAUGGAGCGGCCUAUGUGUGGGACGAUGAGAUGAAAGUGCCGUAUCUGGUGCAGGGCGACCAGUGGGUGGGCUUUGAUGACGAGAGGUCAAUUAGAGGUAAAAUGAAGUGGAUAAAGGCUCAGGGGUAUGGAGGCGCUAUGGUUUGGACAGUAGAUAUGGACGACUUCAAUGGGACCGCGUGCCCCGGAAAUGUGAGGUAUCCUCUGAUAGGAGCAAUGAGAGAAGAACUUAACGGGGUUUCGCGCGGCGUCAAAGCUAAAGACGUUGAUUGGAGUGCCGUCGCGGCGACAAUUACUGAAGUUGUCAUUAAAAAACCAGAGCCUUACAAGAUCGCUGUCUCAGAAGUUGUUAGCAAGGCUAAAAAAGUGUCGAAACCGACAUCGCUAGUCAUUAAUUCAACGCCUCGAGAACGUGAGCCACUGACAUUCUGUUACUUAACAAACUGGGCGCACAAACGCGGGGGUGCUGGAAGAUUUAUUCCCGAGGACAUUGAUCCGACUCUCUGCACCCACGUUGUCUACUCAUUUGCAACCUUGAAAAAUCACUUGCUCGUGGAGGGCAACGAGAAGGAUCCCGAGAUGUAUCAACGACUAAUAGCACUGAGGGAAAAAAAUCCCGACUUGAAAAUUUUACUGGCAAUCGGCGGAUGGGCAUUCGGCUCAACGCCAUUCAAAGAACUCACCAGCAAUACAUUCCGUAUGAAUCAGUUCGUUUAUGAGGCAAUCGAGUUCCUCAGGGAGUACAAAUUCAACGGUCUCGAUGUCGACUGGGAAUAUCCGCGAGGUACAGACGACAAGGCCGCUUACGUGAAUCUUCUGAAAGAGCUGAGACUUGCGUUCGAAGGCGAAGCCAAAGACUCUGGCCAACCUAAAUUGAUUCUUUCAGCGGCAGUACCAGCGAGUUUUGAAGCCAUUGCCGCUGGUUAUGACGUCCCUGAAAUCUCAAAGUACCUGGACUUUAUAAACGUAAUGACAUAUGACUUCCAUGGACACUGGGAGAGGCAAGUUGGGCACAACAGUCCACUCUACCCCUUAGAAAGCGCCACAAGUUACCAAAAGAAACUCACGGUGGAUUACAGUGCUCGCGAAUGGGUGAAACAGGGAGCGCCGAAGGAGAAGCUAAUGAUAGGAAUGCCUACGUACGGAAGAUCCUUCACACUGGUAGACAAGGACAAGUUUGACAUCGGUGCACCAGCCUCCGGGGGUGGAGUUCCUGGGAACUUUACUAACGAGUCUGGCUUUCUCUCUUACUACGAGGUGUGUAGUUUCUUGAACGAGGACAACACGACCCUUGUGUGGGACAGCGAACAGCAGGUGCCGUUCGCAUACAGAGAUGACCAAUGGGUCGGUUUUGAUGACGAGAGAAGUCUUAUUAAUAAGAUGAAUUGGCUGAAGGAGGAGGGCUUCGGUGGCAUAAUGGUCUGGUCCGUGGACAUGGACGACUUCCGCGGUACCUGCGGCGCGGGGAAAUACCCUCUGAUAAGUACGAUGAAAAAUGAAUUGUUAAACUACUCAGUUAAACUAGAGUACGAAGGUCCUUACGAGACCAGCUCCAGGAGCGGAAAGUACACCACCAAAGACCCCAACGAAGUAACUUGUGACGAGGAGGACAAUCACAUAUCCUACCACCCCGACAAAAACGACUGCACGAUGUAUUAUAUGUGCGAGGGUGAGCGCAAACAUCAUAUGCCGUGCCCGGUAAAUUUAGUUUUCAAUCCGAAUGAAAAUGUUUGCGACUGGCCGGAAAAUGUCGAAGGUUGUCUCCAACAUACGCAGGCACCGCCUGCUGCCUAAUAUUAAUUUUCAUAUAAAAUUUAUUUCUCUAUCUCUGUCUCUCCCUCUCUUCCUUUCUAUUAUUUUUUUAAAAAUCUUUUUCUUUCAUUUUCUUUCCUCUCUUCUUCCCU